AUGUUAGCAGAAACCGACGGAAGUCGAAAAAGACGUAACUCGAAACGUCAUAAGUUGAAUUUUAAGCCUAAUGGAGUACCAUUUGGAGACUGUAGUACUGUCCGGAAUUGGUUGAAGAUUGAUGGCAUCAUAGGGAAACCACCAAGGGAACAUUCAAAACGUCCAGUCCUUGGAUUGGAAUGUCAGAAAAAGGAAGUCAGUGGUCGACGGUUUUGGAAAAUCUUCAAACUUCUUUGCGGAACCCCAGAAGUAUUCUUCAAAGACUGUUACGUACACAACCUCUGCCCACUUCUGUUCAUGAAGACUUCGCCCAAAAUCAUCUCACCUGGGAAACUCAAAAUCAAAGAACGCAAACAGUUAAUCGCAGCAUGCAACCAUUCUUUCCUGCAGGUGGUGCAGUUGUUGCAGGUGAAGCUCGUUAUCGGCAUCGGCAACUUUGCCAGCGAGAACGCAUCGAAAGCGGUCAAAGGCUUGCAGCAGGACCUUUUCUCCCACCUUCGUAUUGAGACCCUCAUGCAUCCGAGUCCAGCUAAUCCGGCUGCCAACAAGGACUGGCAAAGUUAUGCAUUGAAUAAGUUGAAACAAAUUGAUAUUAUGAGUUACACAGACUGGGAAAUAUCUGAUGGCCAAGUAAUUGACUCACAAGGAUAAUUUUUAAUGUUUUAUUUGGUUGAAUGUCUAAUUUUUCCACAUUCUGAGGGUUUUUUUUUUUUGCUGAUCAUCAGCAAAUGAACAGUACACCAUGUGUGUAUAUAUGUGCACGUGUGUUUGUAUAUAAUAUAUAUAUAUAUAUAUCUUUUACUCUUUUACUUGUUUCAGUCUUUUGACUGUGGCCAUGCUGGAGCACCGCCUUUAGUCGAGCAAAUCGACCCCAGGACUUAUUCUUUGGAAGCCUAGUACUUAUUCUUUCGGUCUCUUUUGCCGAACCGCUAAGUUACAGGGACAUAAACACACCAGCAUCGGUUGUCAAGCAAUGUUGGGAGGACAAACACAGACAUACAAACACAUACACAUAUACAUAUAUAUAUACAUAUAUAC